GAGUUUGUCUGAAUCCUGUGAGUCUUUGUUUUGUUCUGAAUUAUGUAUGUAUAUAUGUAUACAGAUAUGUUUGUUGUUGUUGUUUUUUUGUUUUGCUUUAUCCUUGCGAUUGCAGUGGUGAUUCCCACUUUGGUUGGGUUGAGGAAAUGUUUGAAGGGUCAGGGAAUUUGGCUUCGUUUUCUCGUGUGGGGUGUUGGCCAGUUUUGGAGUCAUGUGGUUUGCUGUUGUUUUGUUGGAGGUUGGUUUGUUCUGGUGCCAGGUGUGGAAAUCGGAAUGCGGGAGGUGAGGUGCCUGUGUUUGCGUUCGUCUGAUGAGUUGCCCUUGAUUUCGUGGGGGUGUGGUUGUGAUAUCAGGUGAUUACGUGAAGAGGUGAGGGUAUUGUGCAGUUGCGAGAAGAUGGUUUUGCUGAAGCAGCCCGAGGGUAAUGAGGCCUCCGUGCUCAAUGGAUCGGGAGGCCAGAAUAUGGCAGCGUGGGUUUGUGGGAAGAACGACUUGAAAGUGCAACCCUACAAUUUGCCACCCGUUCUUGGUGACCAUGAAGUGAAAGUGGGAAUCAAAGCUGUAGGUAUUUGCGGCAGCGAUGUCCAUUAUUACAGGCUAGUAGCUUGAUAUCGUUACGAAUCAAUGACAUUUUCCGACACGGUUCAACAUGCUGGCGGCGGUGCAGCACUUGCAAUGUGGGGAUUUUAUAGUGAAGGAACCCAUGGUUAUUGGCCAUGAAUGUGCUGGUACCAUUGAGGAAGUUGGGAAGGCUGUGAAGAAUGUUGCAGUGGGUGAUCGGGUAGCUCUUGAGCCAGGCAUUGCUUGCAACAAAUGCAAGCUUUGCAAGCAAGGAUUCUACAACUUGUGCCCAGAUAUGGAAUUUUUCGCCACUCCACCUGUCCAUGGAUCCCUUGCCAACCAUGUUAUUCAUCCAGCGGACAUGUGUUUUAAGCUACCCGAGAAUGUGUCGCUUGAGGAGGGAGCCAUGUGUGAGCCCCUCAGUGUGGGUGUGCACGCGUGUCAACGUGCAACAGUUGGACCAACAACAAAAGUUCUGAUAUUGGGAGCAGGGCCUAUAGGUUUAGUCACUUUGCUUGCAGCCCAUGCGUUUGGAAGCCCGACGGUCGUCAUAGCAGACAUCUCUCCUGAACGAUUGAAGGUUGCGAAGGAGCUGGGAGCAAACGCUACAGUGGUGCUAUCCACCAGUGACAAUGAGGUGGAGUCAGAGGUACUAGCUUUGCAGAAAGCCAUGGGAGCAGACAUUGAUGUCACAAUCGACUGUGUGGGAUUCACUAAGAGCAUGAAGACUGCAUUGAAGGCAACCCGAGCUGGGGGACGUGUUUGUCUCGUUGGCAUGGGCCAUAACGAAAUGACCCUUCCCCUCACACCUGCUGCCGCACGGGAGGUGGACAUUCUUGGGGUAUUCCGCUACCGCAACACGUACCCACUAUGCUUGGACUUGAUUAGUAGUGGGCGUGUGAAUGUGAAGCCCCUCAUCACACACAGGUUUGGAUUCAACCAGAAGGAUGUGGUGGACGCCUUUGAGACAAGUGCCAAAGGAGGCAGCUCUAUUAAGGUCAUGUUCAACCUUUGAAGAACAGAGGUUCAGAUGCUGAUAAUUUUACGCGUCUAUGUCCUUAACUCAUCUCAUGAUACACAUUGCUUUGGUAGCUGCUCAUCUUCGAAGCAUUUUUGUUUUCUUUGAUCAAAGAAUGUGUCGGAAUCUUAAGGCAUGUCCAGAUAGUCUGAUAACAGAUCAAUACUGUAUGAAUUUAGCUCACUGCAUUGCUACGAACGGUUUUUGUAAAAAGGCUUUUGCGUUUAAAUAAAGAUGGCUUUCAUGGACAGUAUCCAAUGA